CUCGCGACCAAAGAAAAGAAAACAAAUCUAGGUUAAAGCAUCAAAAACUCUCUCCGACAAGACAUGCUUUCCACCAUUACAGUUCUUUCUCUUUCAUAAAAAUAAAUUUUUCUCUCUUCCAAAAAUCUCUCCUUUAUCCCCGCAAGAAAAAAUAAACUCACAGUCGCCGCUAAUGUCGCCGCCGACGGAGUAUCACGGCUCCUUCCUGAGCCGAAUCAGCUUCCGCCGCAACCAGAUCGUCUCAAUGGACGUCAACAACGAGCAAGAGCUCGAAGAACUCGAGUCGUUCCAGAACCACGUGUCCGAGCGUUUCUCAGAGUUCAUCUCUCCAUCGCCGCCGUCUGAUCCGUUCCUCUCGAUCCCUUGGCUACAGAACCUCCUCAGCGUUUUCACGUCCUGCGAAACAGAGUUCAAAGGAGUCCUCAUUGCCACGUUUCAGAUCUCGAAAACGCCGUCGUUAGAGAGGCUUUUGUCGGAAAUGCUUGAUCGGAUCUUAAAGGCGCUUGAUAUCUGUAACGCCGUCGUUAACGGCAUUGAAUCCGUCAAACAGAGCCGACUUCUAGCGGAGAUUGUUAAGGAUACAGAAUAUUACACAUUCAAUGUCUCCUUUACAUAUACGGAACUUUCUGUAUUUAGCUAAACCUAGUUCUCCUUGAUGUAUCGUAUAUAUACUCUUGUAAUGUCAGCCUUGAAUAAUAAGAAAAUAUCUUCA